CUAUGUAUAUCCAAGCAAUUCGAAAACUAGUAAUGUUUCCAAAAAAUUCGAUUUUACUCGCUAAUCCUAAAUACUUACUACCGAGCUUAUCUUGAGUACACUCGGAACGAGGCAGACGUAAAAAUAGUAUUUGACAUAUGGCAGUCAUACGCACGAUCAAGGACUGCAUUACAGGCAAUAAAAUGCAGAGAAACAAACUUUAGUAGGGAAUCGUCAAAAUGGAACCUACCCACGUUUACGUAAAGGCACGUGCCGAAUUUGGAAGACAAUGUUUCUUUGACAGCUACGGUCCUGUCAUCGACGAAGAUAUACAACCCGAUCACCUCGCUUAUCAAGAUUACAUAAGACGGAAUCCAUGCCACGUGGCCAGUCAAAAACCCAAGCAGUAUGCAGUGCACGAGGUUCAAGCAUCCGCGAAUCCCUUAAAGAGCACUGGCAUGUUUCAUUUCGAAGGCGGAUGGCCGAGGGAUAUUAAUCCACAGGAUGAGGAAGCGACGGCUCGAUUUCGAAGACGAACUGAAAAGGAAGAUGAUUGGGCACCGAAACUUCGGCACUUAUUCAGAGUAAUUGAAUUUUCUUGAAACGUUGUCUAUUCGAAAAUCAGGUUGGAACGUUUUGGCGGGUUUUAUCAA